GAACAGCCACUGACUUCAGCGUGGAGCAGCCUAGAUCACUGUACACUCCACAGAGAACAUGGAUUACCGACGGAUUAAGCGGAUUUUAUUUGUGAAUGUAUUUAUGAAUUUAGUGUUUAUUUCUCUUCAAAAAAAGGAAGAGGUGCUGUUGGAUAUGGUGGCAUCGGGAGCAGAGUUGGGUUGGUUGACAUCGCCUGUUGAGCAUGGGUGGGAGAUAGGCCAGCGAGCUGUGAACGGCUCUCUGCUGUAUAACUAUUAUAUAUGUAACGUGGAGGAACGAGAGCAAGACAACUGGCUUCGUACGACAUUCAUCCAGCGCCACCCCACCACCUCUCGGGUCUUUGUGGAGCUGCGAUUUGUCGUUCGUGACUGCAACUCUUUCAAAGCAGACUCGCUUAUCUGCAAGGAGACCUUUAACUUGUACGCCUCCGAGGCUGAUGCUGACAUCGGCACUGCUUUCCGCAAAGGCCAGUUCCGCAAGGUGGCCACCAUCGCUCCAGAUGAAAUAUCCAACCUUGGGGCAAUGAAGAUGAACGUUGAGACAAAAGUAGUGGAUAAUCUUUCUCAUAAGGGCUUUUACCUGGCCUUCCAGGACAUUGGGGCCUGUGUAGCCAUCUACUCUGUCAGGGUUUACUAUAAAACAUGUCCAGCAACUGUGAAGAGCUUGGCAACAUUUCCUGAGACAGUGGCAGGGACAGAGAACCAGGCACUGCGGGAGGUGGCUGGAAGUUGCGUGGAGAAUGCUUUGAGUGAGGACCAACCUCGCAUUUAUUGCACCAUGGAUGGGGAGUGGGUGGUACCAGUGAGCCAGUGCCAAUGCCGACCCGGGUUUGAAGCCAUGAAAGAUGCAUGCCAAGAAUGUCAGCCAGGUUUCUUCAAAUCUUCGGUGUCCAGUGAAGCCUGUAAACCUUGUCCAGAAAACACCCAGCCCUCGGGUCCUGGGGCCACCAGCUGCUCCUGUACGGAGGGCUUUUAUCGGGCACCUGAGGAUGCUGAGACAGACGCUUGCUCUGGUUUACCCUCCGCUCCUCAAAGUCUGGUGGCCACCACAGCUCAGAUGUCAAUAGGCAAACUUCAAUUGUCAUGGAGGCCCCCUGUAAAUACUGGUGGGCGCAGUGAUAUCACAUACACUGUGGUGUGUGAACAGUGCACCGGGAGAGCGUGUCAGUCUUGUGGUGAGAAAGUGCGUUUUGACCCAAGCAGUACGGACCUGAAGGAGACCAGAGUCACUGUGAGUGAACUGGAGCCCCAUCUGAACUAUACUUUCUCCGUGGAGGCUAGGAGCAGAGUGUCACAGUUCAGCAAGAAGAGAGCCAUCAACAGUAUUAACACGGCAUUACAUUAUACAGAUCCCCCAAAAGUGACCGCAGUGCACCUAGUGGAAAGUGGACCCACCAGCCUGUCACUGCAGUGGUCUGUUUCUCACCGCGCCAAGCCAGUCGCAACCCGUUACGAACUGAUGUAUCGCAAGAAGGAGAAUGAUGAGGAGAAGGCCAGUGGAAAGGUGACUACCUACACUGUGCUGGUACUGGAAAAGAACUCAGUCCAGAUCAAUGAUUUGGCUCCUUCAACUGUCUACUUGUUUAAAGUACAAGCUCUUAGCCCAGAGGGCAAUCCGGGCAUCUACAGCAUGGAACAGGAGUUUUCAACACUUCCACAAGCUCUUCAAAAAGCGGGAAACACAGCAGUGAUCCUCGGGGCAGCAGUUGGGGGAAGCGUCAUGCUUUUCAUCGUGGUAGUGGUACUGCUUUUGCGAAAACGCCGAAGAAACUCUCACACCAGGCAAGGGCCAGAGGACACCUACUUCUCCAGCCCAGACCAACUGAAGCCGUUGAAGACUUAUGUGGAUCCUCACACAUAUGAAGACCCCAACACAGCAGUGCUCAAAUUUGCCAGCGAGAUCCAUCCCAGUCACAUCACCAAGCAGAAAGUCAUCGGAGCAGGUGAGUUUGGAGAGGUCUAUCGGGGAAUUAUGAAAGCUCCAGGUCGCAAGGAAGUGCCAGUAGCAAUAAAGACGCUAAAGCCAGGCUACACAGAGAAACAAAGGCAAGACUUCCUUAGUGAGGCCAGCAUCAUGGGACAGUUCUCACAUCAAAACAUCAUCCGACUGGAGGGGGUGGUCACCAAAUUCAAGCAUGCCAUGAUUGUGACUGAGUACAUGGAAAAUGGUGCUCUUGACAAAUACCUGAGGGACCAUGAUGGCGAGAUGUCGUCCUUUCAGUUGGUCGGCAUGCUUCAUGGUAUUGCAGCCGGAAUGAAAUAUCUCUCAGACAUGAGCUAUGUACACAGGGAUCUGGCUGCCCGCAACAUCUUGGUCAACUGCAACCUGGAGUGCAAGGUGUCUGACUUCGGUUUGUCACGUGUUUUGGAGGAUGACCCUGAAGGAACCUACACCACCAGUGGAGGUAAAAUUCCUAUUCGCUGGACUGCUCCUGAGGCCAUUGCUUACAGGAAAUUCACAUCAGCCAGUGAUGUGUGGAGUUUUGGCAUUGUCAUGUGGGAAGUCAUGGCCUUUGGAGAGAGGCCCUACUGGGACAUGAAUAACCAUGAGGUGAUGAAGGCCAUUAAUGAGGCUUUCCGUCUCCCUGCUCCGAUGGACUGCCCCUCUGCUGUGUAUCAGCUGAUGUUACAGUGCUGGCACCAAGAUCGCUCCAAGCGGCCUCGCUUCGUUGACAUUGUCAGUCUACUGGACAAACUCCUCAAGAGCCCAGAUUCCCUCAAGGCCAUUGCAGACUUUGACCCUCGAGUUUCCAUUCGGCUUCCCAGCACCAGUGGUUCAGAUGGUUCUCCCUUCAGGUCUGUGGUGGAGUGGCUGGACUCCAUCAAGAUGAGCCAGUACAAUGAGAACUUCAGCAUAGCUGGCAUCGUCAGCAUGGAGCAGGUGCUGCAGAUGAAGAGCGAGGAUAUCCGCAACAUUGGAGUACAUUUGCCUGGGCAUUUAAAGAGGAUUGCCUACAGCAUCUUGGGGCUUAAGGACCAAACCAGCACCCUGAGUGUGUUUGCAGUGUGAACUGUCUUUGAAAUACACCAAAGGGACCAAACCCUCUGGCUGUGGACUGAAUGAACUCUAAACCGCCUUGGGAUUGUACUGCAGGGACAGCCCUUGUCCUGAUCAUAACCCUCUAGCCUUUCAAGAUGGACUCUCAGAGCCAUGGAAACUUGUAGCAGAUAUGAUGUACUUAUCAAAAAUGGAGGGGGAGAAUUGAGAAUGUGUAAAACAAUCAAGAAGCUAUUGAUGGAUAAAUCAAACCAUGUACAUUUGAUAUAUUUUUACCAUGUGCAUAUGUUUAUUUUUUAGAAAAAAAAGUAUUGCAGUUUCUUUAGUUUUGUUUUUUAAUUUUUGUUUAGUUUCAUGUGCAUGCUUAAUUUUCCCAGACAAUGGUCUUAUAGUUUUACAUCCAGUGGUGUUGUAGGGGAAUUGGCAUUGCAUGGUCCCUUUCAGAGGUGCCUUGUACUUGACUGAACUCUUUAGCAUUAGUUUGGUGCUGUGGAAAACAUACACAAACAGGCCUUUCAAUACCAUUUGAAAUGUAGAAUCAAAGCUGGUGGUUAUGGGUUGAACUUAGACUUAGAGAUGCUCCACUUAGAUCAAGGUGAGUGUAAUGCUCUCUGGUUUCUAUCAAGGCUUGAGCUGGCCAUGAUUGAUGAUGCUUUCUUUGCAAUUACACUCUCAGUGCUAUAUGCUUCGAACCAUCAAGUCUAAAGUCUCUGGUUUAAAUGUAAUGGAGCAGCCAGUCAUUCCUUAAAUUCAAAAAUGUCUCUACAAACAUGAGGAGAGGAGGCACCACCAUGAAAUAGCACUUAAAUCCGAAAUCUCAUCAGCUGCAUUGACACAGUUUAAAUGUGGGCUGUCUCAUCUCUUAUCAUUAAGGAAGAUUACAGCGAUGAUGUCAUUCAGGAUGGAAGGGAACACGGAGCACGCAAAAUGACAAAGUGGAAUUUUGUAAAAAAAUAAAAGUUCUGGGACAGAUUUUGGCAGGCAAAUGGGAAUAUAUGAUUUGGCAGCAUUCUGCAAACAAAUGCACGGUUCUGACUUUGAGAUAUUUGCACCGAGCUACAAUCCUUCCAAAAUAAGGAAAUGAUCAGAAGAAAUCUACACACUGUUAUGUUAACCGUGAUGUGUGGUUGACACACCAUGAUCUGUUAUUCAUUCCGUAUCAGCAAAUUAAAGCAUAGUUGCCUGGAGCUGCAAAUUUUGUAGAAUGUCUUAACUGAUACAAGAUAUGGGAUGAAAUGCCAUGCUAUAUAUUGACCUUCCUUGAUUAUUUCCUGUGAUUUACAGGAUCAACCUCAAUAUGGUUUAAAAUGGAAGUGGAGAUAUGAGCCCCUCUUGUAUGGAAAGAUCUGUUAAUGAUUUAAUGUUAAAAAAGAUAAGGAGUAGUUGUAUUUACAAAGGAUACAAUCAGAUAACUGAUGCUGGGCACCCACACUUUAAAAGUGAAAUCUUAAAAAUAUGAUGCCCUGUUUAGUUUUGACUGUUGAUGUAUGUUUUACGCUGCUAAAUGUUGUUUUUUUUUUCAAACAUUUAUGAGAUUUGAAAAGCUCAGCACAGCAUACAGACUCCACUCAUGGACAUAUUUCCACACAAACAAGUUUGAUUGGGCCAAUUGUUUUGUACCUUAUUUAAUAUUUUAUUUAUUUUUUACUUCUAUUUAUUGACUUAACAACACUGAACUGGGAUUUAUUUGUAAUUGAAGUUUGUCUUUCAGUCACAAUAAAAUCUUUGUAACCUUUAAA